UAGCAACAGACCAGACAGUUGUCAACAAAACUCGCGAAGGAUGGCUGUGUGCGUGGCAGUUAUAGGCAAAGAUAAUUCGCCGUUAUACAUAGGCGGAAUAGGAAAUGAUACUGGAACUGAUAAUGAACUGUCUCGCCAAUGGCUUGUCCACACUGCUCUAGAUGCAUUGGAAGAGCGAUUAGCCUCCACGAAUACCAAUAAUGCAGCAGCAGGAACAAAUACUGCUCGAGCAGACCUCCGUGACUUGUACUUAGGACUUCUUUACUCUACAGAUACGCAUAAAAUAUACGGCUACGUAACAAACACAAGAAUUAAAUUAGUACUUGUGACGAGCUCUACGUCGCCCAGUGGAAGCAAUAUAAGAGAUGCAGAAGUGAGGACGGCUUUGCGCCGCUUGCACGCACUUUACGCUGAUGCUAUAUGCAACCCAUUCCAUUUACCGGGAGAUCAAAUAACUUCACCGAAAUUCGACAAGCAAGUCAAGAGUUUAAUGCUAAACAACGUUUAAUACUCAACGCUUACUCCAGGAUUGAAAACAUAAAUUAAUAGGCACCCAACUUCGUGUGUUUACGUUUAAU